UGCAAAACAUCUUGUUUGGAGCAAGUCAAAGACAAAGUGACAGUGUCUUUCAGAAACGAUUCCAUCUGUCUCAAUGGUUCCAGAGUUGAUGUCACACAUUGCAAGACYUCAGUUGAAAACCUGGUCCAGUCUUUGCUCUUUGAAAGUGUAAACAUCACCAAACCUGGGGUGAAGAAGUUCUUUAGGGAUAAAGAAACUAUGUAUGUCACCUCACUGUUGWCUGACACUGGCWGCUUGGUCCAACUAGUUGAUGAGACCAGUGGUGGGCAGGAUGAUUUUGCCAAMAGCCGUGGACCAAACCCUGUUUAUCAGCUUCAGACAUCUGAUGGUGUGGAAAUAGCUGUUUGUAAGGCAGAUAUGUGCAGUUACCCAGUGCACGCAGUUGUCASUUCUGYUAAUCAGCAGCUGCAACACAACAGGGGUCUAGGRGCAGCACUAUUGAAUGCUGCUGGUCCUCAGUUGCAGGUUGAAUGCGACAAAAUAAUUAACCUGAGAGGACAGCUCAAGCCUGGAGACUGUGUCAUUAGUAAUGCUGGAGGACAGCUUUGUUGCAAAAAGAUUAUCCAUGCAYUUGGACCUGUGUUUGAUCCAUCUGCACCCCAGAAGUCUCUGGCACAGUUGAAAAGAGCUGUUAAAGGAAGCCUGGAACUUGCUGAAAAGCAUGGCUGCAUCACUGUGGCACUGCCGACCAUCAGUAGAACCAAAGGCUUUCCUCUUGAUGUGUGUUCGCUGACCAUCGUCAAAGCAGUGAAGGAACACUGUGAUGAGAAAUAUAAUGACAACACCUUGAAGAAGAUCCAUUUGGUGAACAAUGAAGACGCUGCUGUUCAGGCUAUGGAGAAAGCUGUCAAAAACGAAUUUGGAAAUGGUGGUGUCAGUCUUCAAACAACAUCUCCAAGUCUGACAUAUGCUAAAUCUACCUCAUCUGACCCAAACUGCUUGGGUCAAGUGAGAACCACAGAAGGCUUGAAUAUCACUCUCACUAAAGGAAACAUCGAGAAUGCCACGACGGAGGUGAUUGUGAACACUGUGUCAAUGGAUCUUUCACUGAACAACGGGGCAGUUUCAAAUGCAAUACUGUGCGCAGCUGGACCCAAACUUCAGCAGUUGAUAAAUGCACAGAAGGCCAAAGGAAAUAUUGGCGAGAUCAUUGUGACAGACGGCUGCCAACUGAAGAGCAAGAAAGUCUUUCAUGCAAUUGCACCUUCAUGGACCAAGGGACAAGGCGCAACUGAAAAGCUCUUGAGUGCCAUUUUCAAGAAUUGCUUGGACAAGGCAGAGGACACUGGCCUGACCUCCAUUGCUUUACCUGCUGUCGGCACUGGAAACCUUGGUUUCCCAAGAGACCUAGUCGCCUCUUUGAUGUUGACUGAAAUCUCAGCGUUUAGCAUGAAAAAACCUAAACACCUGAAGGAGGUUGUCAUUGUCCUUUACGCAGGCGAUGUGCAGACUAUCCAGGCCUUUGGAGAUGAAUUUGAUAAGGAGUUCCCCAGUGCCUCACGUGGUCCAGCAUCCACAGGUUCCCCACAAAACACUGGUCCCUUCUCAAAUGUUGUCUCGAGCACUGGAAUGCAUGAGACCAAAAUGGGAAGCGUCACCAUACAKKUGGUCACAGGAGACAUAACCAAGGAGACCAGUGAAAUCAUUGUCAACUCCUCCAAUGAAAACUUUUCUCUUMAKUCAGGUGUAUCCAAGGCUAUUCUAGAGGCAGCUGGUCAGGCUGUUGAAGCAGAGUGCCAAGCCCUUGGUGCCCAGCUCAACCYRGGCAUGAUAAUGACCAAUCCAGGUAACCUAAGGUGUAAGAAGAUCCUCCACGUGAUCGGACRGAGCGACCCAGUAAAAAUCAGAGCGGUUGUGAAAGAUGCACUUCAGUUGUGUGUGAAAAAUGGCUAUGCCUCUGUCUCAUUUCCUGCCAUUGGCACUGGUCAAGGCAAAGUGCAGGCAAGACAAGUGGCAGAUGCCAUGUUAGAUGCAGUGAUCGAUGUGUUGAGCCAAUCCACUCAUGGCUCCCUGAAGACAAUUCGGAUAGUUAUUUUCCAACCACCGAUGCUGAAAGACUUCCACAGCAGUAUGCAACACAGAGGACAAAGCGCUGMCAGUAAACCCAAUGAUAAGGRUASUGGGUGGUGGMGCAAACUCAAAUCGUUCUUUGGGAGUGGAACUGCUGGCAAGCGUCAGAAAGAUGGAGGCUUUGUCAUCAAUGUGGUGGCAGUCGACCCGGCUUGCUUCCACAUCUGCGGCGACACACAGGCCAAAGUGGACUCAGCCAAGCGGUGGAUCGAUGAUCUGAUUACCAAAGAUCAAAACACAAAUGCCAUUUUAGACACAGCCAUCCUCAGCUUUUCCCCUGCUGACUACCAGCACAUUUUUGACAUCCAGAAGAUCGUGGGCGUGAGCAUCAGGAUCGAAAGCAAGCAAGGCCAAGCCUCAUUAACAAUUGAGGGAUUCAGCCAAGAUGUACUCAAAGCCACCACAGAGAUCCAUAGAAUGCUGAAAAAAGUGAGGGAUGAGGAAGACCUGAAGAAGGGCGUGGAGCUGGCAAGCACAGUUGCGGACUGGCAGUACCAUCAGCAAGGGCUGUACUAUCAAAGCUUUGAUCCAGUGACAAACUUCCAGCUUGAGCAAGCAUUGCAAAAGAAUCUGACAAGUGUAAAAGUCAACGUCCAGGGUCAAGACUACAUUGUCACUAUGCCAAAUGGACCGGCCACCGACAGACAGGGAUGCACAUUGCAGAUAAAGAGAAUUGACAAACUGAAAGAUGAAGUACCCGUGCACUGGGAUGCUAUGCCACCCAACACUUCGUGUCUGGCUGUCCCAAUCCAGGCUGGAACAGCAGAGCACAUUGAAGUCCUGAGUCUUUUCCAGGCCUCGUGCAACCGAACUGUUAUCAAGAUUGAGAGGAUCCAGAACCCUAUGUUGUGGAAGAGCCUACAGAUCAAGAAGCGGGACAUUGAGCAGCGAAACGGUCAUUCAAACAACGAGAGGCGUCUGUUCCACGGCACCAUCGAAGCCAUAGUGAACACGAUUAAUGAACAUGGCUUCAACAGGGCUUACGCAGGAAAGAAUGCUGCCUGUUUUGGCAACGGCACAUACUUCGCUGUCAACGCCAGCUACUCUGCCCAGGAUACAUACUCCAAGCCGAAUCCAAAAGGGGAAAAAUGCAUGUACCUCUGUCAAGUGCUGACCGGGGAUUACACGCUUGGACAACAAMACAUGAUCGUACCACCAGCCAAGGGCAACACAUCCUUUCAGAAGUACGACAGUGUCGUGGACAACGUGAAUAAUCCAAGCAUGUUCAUCAUCUUCCAUGACACUCAGGCUUAUCCUGAGUAUUUGAUCACAUUCCAGUAACAAAACUAUGUUCUGACAUAACAAAGACCGUAUGCUUCAACAUUUUGUAUUGAGUUAAAAAAUGAAAUGAGUCUAACAUCAGCUAUAUAAUAGUAAUUUUUUCCCAACUGCUUUAGGGAUUUGGUUAAAGAAGUUAUUUAGUUAUUAAUUAAUAGAGUCAGGAAUCAGAGCCACAUAGUGCCUUGAAAAGUGAAUGAUUGCUCACAUAUUUUUGUUUUUGCCUGUUACACUUUGUAAAAUCAAACUGAUAAUUGAGUGUAGAGAAUGAUGGACCUGCUCUCCUGCAGGAUAUCAUGUGAUACAAACAGAUUUUGUAAUUCAGAUUAGCAAUCACUUUUGGUAUUGAGAGUAAUAUCGAAGUUAACUGCUGUUCCAAUAAACAGGGUGAACGGUUAGAACGGAAGUUAACCUUCACAGUUGGGUCAAUUUUUGUCUAUUAAAGCACCACAAAUACGAAAUGGUAGUAUUCAAACAAAUACCCAUUUAAAUAUUCAAAUUAACAUUGCAUGGUAGUAUUACCAGGCAGAAUAUGUCAAACCCCUCCUUUCCACAUGGACUUAUAUACAAUCUCAAAUAAGAAACAAUUGCAGCACUAAGUUUGCUUCUGGGGUGUUGUU